AUGGCUCAACAUAAUCAUCAUAUAAAACGUUUACAACAUACAACAAAUUCAUUUAAUCAUCGUUCGUCAUUACCUGAUCAUGAAGCAAUGAGAGAAUCUAUUCAAAAUUUUUCUAUUUCAUCUAACAAUAAUACGAAAUAUUCUCGACCAUUUAAUUUACCACCUCAUCGAGCACGACGUGGUGCUAGUAGUGGUAGAGGAUAUGAUCGUAAUUUUAAUUCAUCAAUAUCAUUACCAAAACGUGCAAUUAAUUAUGAUUUAGCUGAAAGUUUUAUGGAUCAUUCAACAAAUCCAUUAUCAUCAGAUUUAUAUAAAAUUCGAUUUAAACAUUCAGCAAAACAAUGGCCUAAUGGUCGUUUUAUAAAUUAUAAAGAGAAACUUGAUAAAUUAGAUGGAAAUAUUGUUGAUAUAACAUGUACAUGUCAUUUUCCUAUUGUAUUAAAAAGAAAAAAACUUCAAGAAACGAAACAAAAUGAACAAAAUACAACAAAUACACAAUCAUCAUUAGUUUUAGUUGAUCAUAUGACUCAAGAACAAAAGAAAAAAUUAGCUGAUCAACAAACCAAUUUGUAUGCUAAUUUAUUUGGUUGUGGAAAAAUUCCUCGAUUGUCAUCAACUACUCAGAUAAAGAAAACCAAUGGUAUUAGUAAUUCAACCAAACCAUCUACUACUUCAAUUCCAUUACUCGGUGAAAAUAAAGAAGAUCAAAAAUGUGAAUGA